AUGACAGUCUAUGCCGACUGGUGCGGUCCCUGCAAGAUGAUCGCUCCCCAUUUCCAACGUCUCGCGAACCAGCACUCCUCCCCGAAGAAGGUGGCCUUUGCCAAAGUCAACGUUGACUCCCAGCCCGAAGUCGCCCAGCAGAACCGUGUCUCCGCCAUGCCCACUUUCAAGAUCUUCCACAACGGCACCUGCAUCGAGACGCUCCAAGGUGCGAACCCGUCCGGGCUAUCCGAAGCUGUUGCCAAGGCAGUCCAGCUUGCCGGUAGCGGUAGAUCUGCUGGGGAACAGUUCAAGACUCCCGGUCGAACUCUUGGUGGAGGUUCAUCACCGAGAAGCACGUCAAGUGUCGGCCUUGGAGGUAGGUAUACGGGAAGAACACUUGCUAAUUUGGACCUCUUUCAACAGUUUGACGCACAGAAGGCUGCCGAGCAGUCUCGGUUCAACGUCCACAAUACACAGCAACGAGCGGCUCCGCCACGGGCUUCGCCAGCAGCCUCUGGUUCUGGAAGCGGAUCGAGCGCGAAGCCUGCUGGGGGAGCGACUCGCCCACAACAACGGGCUACGUUUAAGACACUGGCCGAUUUGUGA